GUGCAAACGUUUGGAGAUAACAAAUGGUGUUUACACUGGAAAUACGUCCAGGUAGCAGACAAAAACUUUUAAGGACGAUUUAUCGGGUGUUUACUAUUAAUGUAUAAUUGAGAUAACAUUUAUUUUCAGUAUGGCUAACCAAACGUUGUAUUUAAACUGCUUUGGAUUUAACAGUUUCUAUUAGGACACUGUUAGUAUACUAGACUAGUGUAUUGGAUUGUCAGGGGACUCAAAGUACCGGUCUGGAACUGGAAGAUACGAAGUGACAUGCUCGAGUUUUAUGCACACACUGGAUUAUGCGAUAGAUCAUAAAUCUACACAAGAGGUUGUUCAGUUUGUCCUUUAGAAGUGAGACGCAUUCUGUCUAACAGCAGGCAGCAGGGUACCAGGAAACAGGAAAUCUGUGUUUGGAUGGAAACAUUUAUCAAUCCCUGUCAAGGAUGACGCAUCAGCACCAGACUUAGUGUGUAGGGAGUGUGUGCAAAAACAGUAUCUUCCAGGUCCUUAACCGACCCUGUCUAUGACAACGUUCGUUAUAUCGAGAAUUAAAGGAAAAGCAUGAUGAUAAACUGGUUUAAGUGACUGGAUGAUCCGCCUUUUAAUAUACAUACCUAUUUAGAUGACUGUAAAUGCAUGACCUUAAAACAAUGAAGCUGGAGAAUGCUAAACGGUGUUGUUCCAAAGGUAGCCUGGCGUGUUGUGUCAUUAGUGUAUGCGCAAUGGUAUAUGUUUUACAAUACUACGAUCUUCAAAAGCUACUUCCUGCGAAUGGUAGGAUUUCAAUAACAAACACUUCUCAUUAUACCCGUUUUAUUGCCAAAUAUUUUAAUUAUGAAAAUGAAUCCCUAAAUAUACAGGGAUCUUUCGAAGACGAUACUCCUCAAUCGAAAAUUUUACUCAGCAUUGCUAAUCUUCCGUCUGAUUUUUUAAAACGAUUACGUGGUAAUAAGUAUGCACAUUCUACUUUACAAGAAACAUCAAACAGAGUUACACCCAGUUCGAAUAAGUUUGUAAAUAAAUGGCUUCUUCCUCCAAGAAAAUCAGCAACGAUGAUAAACUGUCCGCUGCUUUUCACAGGAGACCCAGCUGAACAAAAACGUGCAAAAGAAUUAAUGUCAAGUCCAAAACCAGCACUUCCGCUAAUGGCUUAUACAGAAAUGACAAAGGACUGCGAUUUAUUUAAACGUAAGAGGCACUACAUAACAAAUCCGUUAACUCGGGAAGAGGAGGACUUCCCAAUAGCUUAUAGUUUAGUUGUUUUUAAAGAGCUAGAACAGACAGAACGUCUCCUCAGGGCUAUAUACCGCCCGCAAAACUUCUACUGUAUACACAUCGACUCUAAGGCUGAGGAAGAGUUCCGGGACACGUUAACGGGAAUAGCCGACUGUUUCGAAAACGUGUUCAUCACUAAUACUUCGGUAGACGUGCGUUGGGGAACGUACACAAUAGUUGAGCCCGAAAUCGUCUGUAUGAAAGAACUAUGGAAGUACAAAACAUGGAAGUACUUUAUUAAUUUGACUGGACAGGAGUUUCCUCUCCGAACGAAUGCAGAAUUAGUGAGAAUCCUUAAAGUGUAUAACGGGACUAACGAUCUUGAAGGCACGGUCAAAAGGGCGAACCCGGGCCGUUGGGAGAAAGUGGGAGAUCCUCCGGGCGGUAUCCGACCCUUAAAGGGGUCUGUUCAUAUCACCGUCAACAGGGGUUUCGUGGACUACGUCCUCCAUAACCAGACGGCUAUAGACUUCCUGAACUGGACACGAGGAAUCGACUUUCCCGACGAGUGUUUCUUUACUAGUCUUAACCAUAACCCCCACCUCGGGAUACCCGGCACUUACAAAGGUGAGCCAGAAACCAGCACGGAUGUAAAACCAUUCCUAACGCGGUUCAAAAAUUGGGGAAAUGGGCCUUUUGAUUGGCCGUGUCAUGGAAAGAGAGUGCGAAUGAUUUGCAUUUUCGGAGUUGGUGACCUUCCGUUGCUUGCGCAGAGGCCGGAAUUCUUCCUAAAUAAGCUUUAUUGGGACUUUGAGCCGUUCACACUUGACUGUAUGGAAGAGUUGGUGUAUAACAGAACACGUGAAGGCUACCUCCAGAUAACAAAGUUUGACACAUCGUUCUAUGAAAAUCUCGACAUUGUGAUAAACAGAGUGUUAUGAACAGGGUUCAUGUUUUAAUAAUAUUUUUAACGUGUGAUAUUGUAGUAUAUGCCGGGUGUGAUUAUGCUUCCUGAAGUGAAGAAAUCAGAUAAUUUGCAGUUAUGUACGGAUGACCAGGGGAGUUAACAUCUCUAUGUGUAAGGUUUUCUAAUAUGAAUUUGAAAACAAAUUAUUACAUUUUAUUUGUUCUCUGUAUUUCCUAAUACAUUUCUGCUUAUAAACUUAUAUUUCUGUUUACAUACAUUUUACAUUAUACAUGAUGAAUGAUGAAACGUGAAUCAUUAUAAUCCUACGGAUCACCUUGUUCAUGUCAUUGUACUCGUAUUGUCUUGUCCAACUUCGGUGUCAAAAGUUAAAUUUGAAAUACAACUCUCAAGCGUUAUAGUUGGCAAUUUUGUUACAUAAAACUGAACAUGUUAUAUUACAUUUUGUAUUUAGUCUAUAAUGAUGUAUGUUUAGCAAAGCAUUGUUAACAAAUAUGGGAAGUUAGUCGACUAAUUUAGUCAUGUUAAGACAAGCAUCAUUUGACUUGGUUUAUAUUUCACCGACAAGAAUUAUCCAUCUUAUAAAAAUGAAAUAAAAGAAAUGUUAAAAAACAAGAGGCCCAG